GCAUGCCACAUCUCCUUGCAGUAUAUACCUGUACGAACACAUCAGAGGAGGAGAUUACUACUAAGUGUCACUGCUAAUGGCAGAACAUACAGUUUCCCCCUCCCUCUGUCGUUUCUGGAUUUAUAGUUCUGUCUAGUGAGCAGCAGGAUUUAUUGCCGUUUCUCCUCAUUUAAAAAGAUCCGAAAAAACAAUGACCGGACAGCGCGCAGCUACGUAGAGAAAGUGAACGUGAAUGACGCUCGUAUAUUGUCAAGAAGAAAGCGCGCUUGAAUGGAUGGGAUAAACGUGAACGGCGAGGAGGGAAUUAAGACUGAGAGAAACGCUGGGAUCCCGCGCAGGACAAAGGAGAGCGCAGUGAAGAACUGCGAUGGCCUAGAUUUGUAAAACCUCAGAAGCUGGUCUGUCAUUCUGCCGCACUGGAUUCCGUUUAAGACGCUAGAUUUAUUAUUUUAUUUUUUGUGUGUAUUUGAAUGCCGAGUGCCUUGGGUAAGCCUAUAGUAUCAGAUGUUCGCAACUUCGCGCAAAAAUGCAUCAAUGGAACACACUCGAAAACGUAAUCCUUUACGUUUUUAAAAUAAAAAUAAUUGAAAACAGUGACUGUUUUGAGAGGUUUGGCAUGUUUUGUUUCUCGAUGGUUGUUUAUCCAGAGCAUUGACUGAGCCAUGGCUAUUUAACCCCGCGGUUAAAUGAGUAAAUAUACUUUUAUGUUCUCGCAACAAUGUUAACUCUUUGAAUUAUGGCGAUGACCGCGGAAUCUGGUGGUAGCUGCGGCGCAUCCCGUAAAAGCGACGGGAAAAGCCCCGGGGCCCCAGACCGCAAUGGUAACGCGAAAACUUGCAUCGCGUCUUUGUCUCAGCGUCCGGACUACAGAGCGUUGCCGAGACUGGCGCUGGACAAAAUACGGAGUUCUGAGAGACUUUCGUCUGCAGUCUUCGUGGGGUCGCUUUCGGUCUUUCUCGCCCUGGUGGUUAAAUUCGUGAACUGGGGAUGCGAGCGCAGCGGCAGAAGCAAUAGCAGACAGACCGGGUCUCCCGUCAUUUUCACGUCCAGCUGCGCGGGGGAGCUAUUGCUAACUUGGUGGCAUCUGCUUUCCACAAUCGUCACCCUCCUUUGUGCCUUCUUCUGGGUCGGCUUGCAUCUGAUCCGCUGCGGAGUCCUGGUCCAAACAUUCCUUUUUCUUUUGACCGCGUGCCAGCUGGGCGAAGCGGCGGCGCAGUCGCUCGUGCACGGGGCGGAGGGGCAGUUGCUCUCGUUCACUUCGACCGUGGUGGUGCUCGCGUGCCUGGCGAGCGGCGCACUGAUGGUGGCGAAGCUCGAGCACGGGAUCUCCAUCAUCGUCUUCAUCAGCGUCGUCCGGACGGUCUCCAUAAUUUCGCUGAGCAAAGUACGGGCCAGCUGGAGACCGUACUUGGCGUACGUCGUCGGGGUGCUCGGCGUCUUGUUAGCGAGGUAUGCCGACAAGCUGCUGCCGAGCCAAGGGGUACAGAGGGAGGGCUGUACCUCCGUGACCGGGGCAAAGGAAGAUAUCCCGGUUUUUAAAAGGCGAAGGAGGUCCAGCUCCGUGAUAUCGUCGGAAAUGGGACACGGUCAGUCUAACAGCAAGUCGCGCCGGCGCACCUCCCUCCCGUGCAUACAGAGGGACCAGACGCUGUUCCAGUCUGAACUGGACCACAAGCGGGGCCCUCGGAUGUCCCAGUCGCUGGGCACCAGCGUGGCGGUGGACGUCGCCGUGAUGGGCGAGGCCCACGGGCUCAUCUCGGACCUGCUGGCGGACCCCUCCCUGUCCCCAAACACCUGCACCUCGCUCCGCGCCGUCAGCAACCUGCUGAGCACCCAGCUGACCUUCCAGCCCCCCCCGCACCGGCCCCGCCUCAACACGCUGGGCUCCUUCAGCGACACCCACGCCUGCUCCGACUCCGACGACGGCGGCGGCAGCGGCAGCCUGGACAGGGUCGAGAGGCUGGCCAUCGCCAAGCGUCUCCGGCGGAGCCUGCCCCAGGGGGUUCUGCACAGGGUCUCCUCCAGCUGGACCACCACCACCUCCGCCACGGGCCUCCCCACCCUGGAGCCGGGACCCGUGUGCCGGGACCGCUCCGCCGGCGGCAAGCUCGCGCACGAGGGCUCCACCUGCAGCUGUGGGCGAGCCUAUGCUAAGCUAAGCCACGGGGAAGGGUCAGCUGACAGGAUACACCGAACACACGACCCGGCGACGACGUCGUCUGACUACGACAGCACGUACGAGACCAACAACAGCGACAGCAGCGACGUGGCGCAGAACGACGACGAGCCGCGGGGGAGCAGGAAGCUCGCGGAGCCGCCGGAGGGGUGCAGGGCGUGCCCGUCCGAAAACAGCGUCCUGCACCCCUUAAUACACACAGGGGAAGAGCCCAUUCUGGCCCCCGAGCCCCUGGUGAUGGCGGAGCUGGAGCCGCUGAUGAGCCAGCUCAACAACUGGAACUUCCCCAUCUUCAGCCUGGUGGAGAGAACGCACGGCGACGGCGGCCGCAUCCUCAGCCAGGUCUCCUACAGGCUCUUUGAAGACACGGGGCUGUUCGAGACGUUUAAGAUCCCCGCGCGCGAGUUCAUGAACUACUUCCACGCCCUGGAGAGCGGGUACAGGGACAUACCGUAUCACAACAGGAUCCACGCCACCGACGUGCUGCACGCGGUCUGGUACCUCACCACGCAGGCCGUCCCGGGCCUGCCCAGCCUCGUCAACGACCACAGCUCCGCCAGCGACUCCGACUCGGACAGCGGCAUCACGCACAGCCACAUGGGUUUCCUGCUGUCCAAGACGUACGCGGCGUCCGAGGACGGCUACGGAUGCCUGUCGGGCCUGGUCCCCGCCCUGGAGCUGAUGGCGCUGUACGUGGCCGCCGCCAUGCACGACUACGACCACCCGGGCAGGACCAACGCCUUCCUGGUGGCCACCGGCGCGCCGCAGGCCGUCCUGUACAACGACCGCUCGGUGCUGGAGAACCACCACGCCGCCUCCGCCUGGAACCUGUUCAUGUCGCGGCCCGAGUACAACUUCCUGGUCAACCUGGACCACGUGGAGUUCAAGCGCUUCCGCUUCCUGGUCAUCGAGGCCAUCCUGGCCACCGACCUGAAGAAGCACUUCGACUUCCUGGCCGAGUUCAACGCCAAGGUGGGGGAUGACGGGAGCCCGGGCAUCGACUGGGCCAAUGAGAACGACCGGCUGCUGGUGUGCCAGAUGUGCAUCAAGCUGGCCGACGUCAACGGGCCCCUGAAGAGCCGGGACCUGCACCUGCAGUGGACCGAGGGCAUCGUCAACGAGUUCUACCAGCAGGGUGACGAGGAGUCCAGCCUGGGCCUUCCCAUCAGUCCCUUCAUGGACCGGGCGGCGCCGCAGCUGGCCCAGCUGCAGGAGUCCUUCAUCGCGCACAUCGUGGGGCCCCUGUGCGGCUCCUACCACUCCGCCGCCCUCAUGCCCGGCCGCUGGGCCGAGCGCGGGGACGAGGAGGAAGAGGAGGAGGAGGAAGAGGACACGGCGGCGGCGGAGGAGGACAACGCGUACGCCGGCUCCGUGGCCUCCCGGAGCGGGACGGAGAAGAGGCGGAAGGCGCUCUGCCCGAUGACCCGCCACCUGCUGGAGAACCACCGGAUGUGGAAGGAGGUGAUCGCGGAGGCGGGGCCGAAACAAGGGGAGGAGGAGGAGGAGGAGGCGGAGCCGGCUCGCCGCGGCAACCCCGCCGAGCCCAGCCCGGCCAUCCACGAGGAGGAGGAGGGGGAGGAGGAGGAGGAGGAGGAGGAGGAGCCGGGCAGCAAAGGGGCGGGGCCCGAGGAAGGCCCAGUGCGGCGGGCGGAGUCGGAGGCGGAGCUUGAGGCCCCGGAGUCCGAAACCGCCGAGGAAGAGGAGGGGCUGCCAGAUUGACACUGCUGACGAAGAGCGAGCCAAAACAUUGUUUUAUUUUUGCUUUUUUAAAAACUGAUAUUUUUACUGGCAGCACAUGACUUAGACACAACACUGUAGAAGUUUGGGGAGUAUGUGCCUAUAGGAA